AAGUCUGAUGUUUUUGACAAAUUUCUAGCGUCUUAUUUCAUUUCUUGUUUGUCCAUUUGUACAGUUUGUAGUCUGUAUGUGACUGUGUGUAUUCUUCCUGUGACUAGAGUCGUCAAAAAAUGUAUUCCAGAACAAGACAAUUCCUAGAGGAAAGGAGGUUCCAGUUAAUUUGGUUCAUAAGAGAAGUACGUCCUCAGGAGUUCCUCCAGAAUAGGGGCCUCACCAAAGCUCUGACUCGGGAAUUUGCUAAGCGAUGCUUGAGAAGAACUUUGUCUAACGAACAACUAGAUUCUAUUCGGUUGUAUUCGAGGAACCACUUCCAAAUGCUAGCACCCCUUAUCACAGACCAGUCACAGACUUUUCAACUUCCACCCUCACCCCCGACUGAGGACGCUGUCGGUGAUGCUGUUUCAACUCCGUUAGAUUUCCGAGCAGAAGCUGAGGCUGAUGUUUCAAUUUCAGCCCCAUUGGCACCCUCAUUCCAGUCCCCAUCAUCCACAACCUCCCAACCUAAGAAGCGCCGAGUCCGUCGCCGUCAGAUUGAUCUCCUAAAGGAGCAAGCCGAUGGAUUUAUGGAUCCUUAUAAAAGACCCAAGAUCGAAAAUUGCCGCAAAAUUGGUUGAUAUGUUUUAAAAUAACCUAGUAAGAUCGAAAUUUUGCAUAUUUUUAUCUGGCAAAAUUUGCAAAUAUGUC